AUGGCGAGAAAUCGAGAUGCCUGUUUUGUUUCCUCUUCUGUGAAGGUCUCGAGGUGUUCACUCUCGCCGUCGCUCGGAUUCGGAGGAGACGACAGCGUCGUCCCGCAGAACUUGUGCUUCUGCCUGGAGAGAGGCGAAGCGGCCGCGCCACUCCCUUUCGCGUCCCGACUCCCUUUCGCCCGUCAGAAUCUUAGCUUCCAUCUGCAGAGAGCCAGAGACUUGGUUCACCGGUUCGUCUCCUCUGUUCCAUUUCCAUGCGGCAUUGGCUCUUCCAUCCCUUUGUCUAUCCUCUGUUCUCCGCUCUCGGGGGGGCAGGCCCGGGCGGAGCCCGAGCCUCCAGGCAAUUACGCUCGACGGCACGGAAAGGAGGAUGAAGAGAGGAUCCUCAUAAGCGAGGUCUUAAUACGGAACAAGGACGGUGACGAGCUUGAAAGGGAAGACCUCGCGGCGGAAGCCUCGGCAGCGCUAAAAUCAUGCCGCCCAAACUCAGCGCUGACUUUGAGCGAAGUCCAAGAGGACGUGCAUAGGAUCAUUGAGAGCGGAUACUUCUUCUCCUGCAUGCCUGUGGCUGUUGACACAAGGGACGGCAUCCGGCUUGUUUUCCAAGUACAUCGCUAUCCCAGCUCAAAUUUUGGUCGAUAUCAAAGAAAUUUCUACAACACCAAUGUCAUCUCCGUAUAAUGCUUCUUACGGACUUGAUCCAAUGCAUAGUCAUGUUUUUUUUCUUAACUGCUAACUGGAUAUUUAUUUAUUCGAAUGAAAUUAAGCUGGUUCUUUUGAGUGGGAAGAGGGUUUUGUAAAAUUUGAGAGUAGAAACAUGCCGGCCGAAAAUCUUUGUGACGGUUCUCCAGUGUAUUAACGCAUUAUAUAAAAUUGGCAAGCGUUGACUUUCUUUCUGGUUGAGGCACGACCGCGUGUACUUCCCGUUAUGACAUCUUGUCACUGGUUUAUACAGCGGACAAAGGUCCAUGGGUAUAGCCUUCGAGUGACAUUGACUGCUGACCCUUGGGGCAGGGAACCAGCUCACAUAUUAGAAGAGUUGUCGCUAUCCCUACUCAUUUUUAGCGUGUUGGUGGCCCUCUUUUUAUGUUUUCUAAGAUAGGAAAAAGUAGAUCGGCAUGGGUUUUAUGAGGUGGUUGCAUGAUCUCCAGGUGAAUCUAAUAAUCCAAGUCUUUUGGCACUCUUGGUUAUGUUUCUGGUAGCUGUGUCUAAACUUUAUGGGUCCUAUUUACGUUUAACAAUAAUUUUUUUUCUAUGUUUCGCUCAAUUUAUGGUCUCAGUACAGUAGGAAACUUAUUAUAGUUUAGUCCUAGAAUUUCUCCGUUCUUUGCUGAGGAGUUUAGUCCUAGUAUAGUGUGAAUUUACCAUUGCUACUUGCCCAUUCUUUCUUUGGUUAUCUUAGUUGAUCUUUUUCGCCUCUCUAUUUUUUACAUGACUUUGUUUGACUUGGUACAAGGUAGAACCGAAUCAAGAGUUUCAAGGAUUAGUAUGUGAGGGAGCAAGUGUGUUACCUUCAAAGUUCUUGGAGGAUGCGUUUCGUGGUGGAUAUGGUAGGUUAUGUAGCGUUUUCCCGUACAUUGUAACCUUGUUUCCUUGGUUUUUCUACACAUUAGAAAGCAUUGUCAUGUUUACCAUGUGAGAGGUUUUAUUUGAUUGAAGUUUUUGAUGUUAAGUUAUGCAGGAAAAGUGGUCAAUGUACGGCAUCUAAAUGAUGUUGUCAAUUCUGUGAAUGGAUGGUACGCGGAGCAUGGGCUUUUUGGUUUGGUCAGUGCUUGCUCAGUUCUGAACUUUUUUUUUAUGACAAGAUGCUUGUAUAAACUAAGUUUUUAGUCAUAAAUGGGUUUAUACUGAUUUAUUUGCAACUUAGUUUUGACUUGUUUAGAUUUUUAUAGGUAUCAGGUGUGGAGAUCCUUUCAGGUGGGAUUAUCAGACUGAAAAUCUCGGAAGCUGUGGUGAAUGACAUCACAUUGAGAUUUCUUGACAGAAAAACGUGAGUAUAUAUCCCUUCAUUGAUGUGUCGCUUUGAAAAGUUGUAAAACGUAGCUGAAAUGGUCGAGGCAAUGGUUGUUGAUUACCCUUCUGAUACUGCUAGUGGUGAACCUACUACUGGGAAGACAAAGACUGAGACUGUGCUUCGACAGCUAACUACGAAGAAAGGACAGGUACAAACUGAAAUUGUCUCCAUCUUCUUUUGUUCCUUUCCUUCUGAUUACUGUUACCGUAUUUACUGUCUUUUGCGUGGGUGUGCAUUUAUUUAAAGAGGGGUAGAUGAAUUCUUUGUGUUUUUUUUUUUUUUUUUUGGAAUGUAAGUGUGUUUAUCACCAUGUCUGUCAUCUUUGCACUUUAUGACCGAGUGUUUUAUUGAGGAAACGGUAGUGUGUUCGUGGAUUCAAACAAAGAACUAUUUUUUGAAUAAGAAAUAAGCACUUAAAGUUGUAUGAAUUUCCACUGUUAAUGUGGUGUACCUUCGGUAGCUGUUAUCUGUUAUUAUCCCACAGUUACCCAGUUUGCAUUUUCUGGCUUACUCUUUCGUCCUCUGAUAUUCUAUCUGACAUUGUUGGAACUUGAUAAAUGCUGUUGGUGAAUUUUGGAUUCGACAUUUAUCAAUGGAGUGACAAUUUUCCAUUCUGUGUCUUCAUUAUUUGAAUCGCAACGCAGGUCUACAGUUUGCUUCAAGGAAAACGAGAUGCUGAGACAAUAUUAACUAUGGGAAUCAUGGAAGAUUGUAGUAUUAUUCCCCAGCCUGCUGGAGGUAAAACUUUUUUAAAUGGAACUGGCUGAACCACUCUGUCGAUAUGGAUUUCAAAUUAUAUUAUUCAGUAUAAUUAUUUGGUUUCUGUGCUUGAGUGUAACUCUUUGACUUUGUGCUAUAAGCAUCCAAGUGAUCCAUUUGCUGAACUUAUUAUACUGAUGACGAUUUGGAUCAUAUUUAAGGAUAUGGUUUCGGAUCCUUGAAUAAGUAAAUGAUCAUGAAUACUUAUUAAUUAAAUAACUAAUAACACAAUAAGGAAAAUUUAUUAUCAUUGUGGGGAUUCCACGUAAUUUAAUUGUAUGGAAAAUAAAAAUAAAAAUGAUCUAAGAGCAUCUUGAAAAUAAGAGGGAAAGAGGGAAGCUGGAGAGAAAAGAGAGGGCCAACUUGGCCGCAGUAUUGAGCUGCACCUGCAGCUUGCAUCAGCGUUGCUCUUUGAUAAUUAUGUUGGGCAGGGGGUACAGAAGUUUACAUUUAUUGUCCCACACAACUGGCGCAGGGAUCAGAGGCCCAUCUCGCAGUUUGCGUGCUAAUGCACUUCACUUACAAUCCUAGAGGCAUUCAAGAGAAGUAUUUCCAUGUUUUUGUAUAGAAUGAGGGAGCUCGAGCUGUCGCAUCGUUGUGUAAAGGUUUUAUUUACGGAAGAAAUCAGGGUGUUCCUCCACGAAAUGUUCAUAAUUAGGAGGAUUAAAAGUUAGACAUUUUUCCAAAAAAUGACACUAAAUCCACUCUAUUUUUUCUUUCUCUUUCACGUAUGUGAUCGAUGGAAUGAAUAUUUUCGGAAAUGAUAAUGACUAUGGGGGGUAAGCAGCUACACCUCCCAAUAACUCCAAAUGGUGGCCGUUGUGAGCUAGUUUAGAGUUACGACCUUACUGAUGCUAGGGAAGUUGUGGUGGCUGCAAAUGCCUUGGACCAUUUGGCUGCUGUCGAUGAGCAUAAAUUUUCUCACUAGUCAAAAACGUUUUUUUCUCGUUGAUUAAUUGCUCGUAUCUUUGUCCUUCCAUUUUUCUGUGAUGCUAAAGGCGGUUACUUUGUCAUCUUAGAUACUGGAAAGGUUGAUGUUAUAAUGAAUCUUGUUGAAAGACCUAAUGGAGGUCUAUCAGCUGGUGGUGGGAUCUCCAGUGGGUAUGUGUUCUCACAGCAUCAUUUGAUCGCAUUAAAAUGGAUGUCUGUGCAUGAGAACAUCAGUUGCUAGGCACAGUUUGUCAUAUUCAUACUUGGUCUCAAAACGUGCAGGAUAACUGGUGGCCCUCUAUCAGGACUGAUUGGGAGGUAAAACUCCAAGCUAUGUUGUGCUUCGGUUACCUUACUAAUAUGACAUUCGUUUCCUUCAUAUUUUUAUGUGUACAUAGUACUUUUCCAUAAAUGCUAUGGAGUAAAGCUGUUUGAUGGUAUACAUACUAUAUGAUUCUAAUCUGUCUUUACAUUGAGCACAUAUCUUUUGAGUCAUUCCAAAAUAGUGUGCCGUACUUUUGACCUUUUUCUUAGUUGAUCCUUGUUGAUUUCAUCUGUGUCAUCAAUGAAAUAGUUGUAUUACCUACCACCCUUUAAGUUGAAGAGGAAAAGAAGUUUUAGGUAAAAACUUCUGCAAAACUAAGAGUUGUUCAGAAGAGAUUUUCUUUAUUUUUUAGAACUUGGUAGUUGCUGAAUUCACUGUGAAACCUACCACAAGUGCGUAGUUGGAAAAUACACGCAAAGUACCAUGCAGACUCACCUCGGCCGUGACAAGAGGUUCAAGUUCUAUUUAAAUCAUAAUACACUGAAAUUGCGUACGCAAAUGUUUACAAGGUCUCCUCGUCCAUGCCGAAGAUAACAGAAAUCCCUCAGUCAGGUUUCCGAAAGUGAUUGCUUGGUUUUGUUUCAAUGACUAAGUGCUCUGAGGAUCCACUUAUUUAUUUGCAUAUAGUGGCAGCUUUCACUUCUGUUACUUUGUACGCAAAACAUGGGUCCUUAUUAGUGACAGUGACCACUUUUGACAAUCCAUUCAUGUUGUCUAUUUUGAUUGUUGAACGUAUCAUUUUCCAUUAAGUGGAACGGGUUCUAUGGCAUUGGGUGACCCUCACCCUCUACCGUUAAUUCUGUUUCCCUCCUGAAAUUUUCAGGCGGUGAAAAGUCGCAAUUUUAUUUCCCUGUUUAUCUUUGUUCCUCAUUCGCUUUGCUGUAUAGGUAGACAUUCGAGAUUGAUUAUGCUUAAAUAAUUAGAGGGAAGAAGAGGAUGAAAGAAUGAUGAUUCAGUCUAGAUCACCACUAUGAGAUGCUCAUUCUUUUAUUUUCCUUGUUUGGCUGUCACUGUUUGACCAUUGGGUGCAUAUGCCGUCUGGCAUUACUGUGCAAAAUGGCUGAUGGCAAUGUAGCCCUGUAGAUUAUCCAGUGUUGCUGGUAAAUAUAAGAUAACUGGUAUGUGCUCUCAUCAUGUUACAGUGCCCGGUGUCAAACUGCUGCAGUAGCCAUGUUCACUGUCUCCGAUGCAUUAGUUAUCGUUUGUGAUAGAAUUGAUCUUGUACAUAUAAGAUAACAUGUGCAACAAUCUUCAACAAGUCCAUUGCUGAAAGAAGGUCGUGCUUUAUUCCAUUGAUCACAUGCUGGUUCUAUGAGAAGAAACAAUGAAAUAUGACUGACAUGGAACCAACCAUAUGGUUCAGGGACUGGUAUUCCUGGUUGAGCUGGGUUGUUUUCCUGAUGCCAAAAGGUUGAAGUCUUCUGGUUUUGAUAACAUGUUGACAAGAUUGUUUAAUUGAUUGUUAAUUCUUGUGAGUGCAUGCACUUUCAUGACCCACUGCUUCAAUUGGACUAAUUUAGGUGAGAUUUAUGGUACGAAAUAUGAGUAACUUGCCUCAUCUUACACUAAUAAGUUGAUGGGUAUACCUUGACAUAAUCUGCUUACAUUUUUGUCCCCAGCAUUGCCUAUUCUCAUCGAAACCUGUUUGGGCGGAACCAGAAGGUCAACUUUUCAAUGGAGAAGGGACAAAUUGACUCGAUAAUUCGCAUGAAUUAUACGGAUCCGUGGAUUGAAGGAGAUGAUAAGCGAACAUCUAGAUCAAUCAUGGUUCAGGUGUUUGAAGAGUUUUUGCUUUCAGUCUUCUCAAUUUGUGCGUUGAUGCAUCUCUGUGAGACAUCUUUCUUGUUGUGGAGUAGACUUCGACAACUCCUGGAACACUUGUGCAUGGUAAUGGUCAAUCUGACCAUGCUAACGUGACAAUUGGACGAGCCACGGCUGGAAUUGAGUUUGGUCGACCUCUGAGGCCUAAAUGGAGUGGAACAGCUGGGAUUUUAUUUCAGGUAUUUAUCUUGAUACGCUAUUUAAUUUGUCCUGCUGGAUUCCUGAUAUCAGUGUUUGACUAGAGAUAUGGAAUUUAUCUGCGAAUUGGAUUAAUGAUACCAAAGUUUUUGAAAUCUCCAUCAUCUUGCUUCAUCCGCAUUUCGAAACAAGGCAUUCAUUCCAUGCUCUUUUAUGAUUUUCCUUGUCAUAAUAUGUGACAAUACUACUUAAAGUUUUAAUGCAAUCAAAGUUCAAAGAAAAAUCUAAACUUUUAGUUUGCGUAAAAAUCAUUCAAAUGAAAUAUUAUUUUCCUCUGAUCUCAUAUAGUUUCCACUUAUUCCUUUCCACUUUCCCCAUUCCCCAGACUACAGUCUGCUCACAACCAAAAACCUUCCAAGUUGAACCACUUGUAGAAUUAAAGUGACUGACUGCAACCUUCUGAUGUAGCACUGGUAGUGAUCCGAAGCCGGGAUGGCUUUAAUCCAUAAAUCGCGAAUAAAAUUUUCGCUGCAAUUAAUCCUCCCCGCUGAAAUUAGCCGUCUUCUAAUUUGAUCGGAUCUAGUCAGAACCAUGUGAAUAGUAUGAGAUCAAGUGAUCCGUCUUUGUGCCAGUAUUUACACUAUAAAGUGAAAAAAAAAACAAAUAGAUGAAAAAACUGUCCCUGUUUGACUUUCAGACACAAGGUUGAAAUUAUGUUCCCUUGAAAAUAAGUGGAAGAAUUUCAGGGUUCUUUGUGCAUGAACACAUGAUCGGUGGAAUGAUGUUUACGAGUGAUAGCCAGGUCCUCUGAUUGACCUACCACAGGAAGGGAUUUAUGUGAUGUCGUAAAGGUAGCGUUUUGACUGACAUAAAGAUUAGCCCGAAUCUUUCUGGUCAACUAUCGCAAUUUGACAUUUAGGCUUGGAUAUUAGCUUGAGCUCGAUUUCAUAUGAUCCUCGGCUCACUCUCGGUCAGCUGUGGGAUGGCCCCAUCCAAACCCAAUUGUUCUUUCCUGGCUGGGGAGAGAUGACCGCGCAAAUGAAGAAGAACGUGAUCCAUGAAACCCGUUGAGUGUGGCAAAAGUGAUGGUCCAGCACUGCGUCUAAUGACUAUACGUAUAGUGGGUGGAAUGUCCCUGUCUUGCAGUGGGGGGUACCACAAGAAGUUGGGGGGGUUGACUCUUGCCAUUCAUUCUGGCACAGCUUAUACGGUUUCUCACAGUAUCUGACGAAUUCCACCCAGGAAGACAUGCUCUAUCUGCCCUCGAGUAGUCCAAAAACUUGUGUUGCCCAGACCCGUAUCUCAUUCAUAUAGGAUUUCGAGAAUUCCGUAAAGGUCAACGGUGUGCAGUACCCGAUAAGGUUUGACUUUCUAAAAUCCUUUUUGUCCGUUCCAUUACUAUUCAUGCUCUUAAAUAUUUUGUCCGUGCCAAUUAAUUAAUAUUUUGAGUUUCUGCAAUUGAUUCUGCGCGCGUAUCUCUGUUUUUCUCUUCAGCAUGCUGGUGCCCGUGAUGACAGAGGUAAUCCGAUGAUCAAGGACUUCUACAGCAGCCCGUUGACUGCCAGGUAUUUUACCCAUUGCGGGACUUGAAGAUCAUCCAUAUAUACGCUUGCUUCGAGCGCCGUUCCCCAUUUUUUUCCCUCUCCUGCAUCAUGUUUCUUGAUUUCUUCUUUGGCUUGAAGUGGCAACAACUAUGACGACAUGCUGAUAGCCAAACUUGAAAGCGUGUAUAGCGGCUCGGGUGACCAUGGCUCGCCGAUGGUCAGCUCUCUUAUCCUGGACUUCAAUCAUGGCGUCAUCUCGACUGUUCUCCCGUUGACUUCGAUCAUGUAUGUCCAGUUCGUGUUUUGCAUUGAGCAAGGGCUACCAGUCUUUCCGGAUUGGCUGUGCUUCAACCGAGUGAACGCUCGCGCCAGGAAGGGCGUAGAAAUCGGCCCGACUCGCCUUCUAUUGAGGUACGACCUUCUCUUGCCUUCUUCCGUUGACCAAAUCGUCCUACUCGCAGCUUUUGUAUUCAUCGUAUCCAAAUGUGAAAGUUGACUUUUGUCUCUUAUUCCACGUGAGUGAGGGCAGGACAGUGGGACCUCCCUCGAGCCCAAUUGGCUGCGAGUGGAGUGAACCCCACCACCUUCGGUCUGCUCUUCUUCUUCUUCUUCUUCUUCUUCUUCUUAUUCAUGGGUUCAUCUCUGCUCUUGCAGUCUCUCUGGGGGGCACGUCGUUGGGAGCUUCUCCCCGCACGAGGCGUUCGCCAUCGGCGGCACCAACAGCGUCAGAGGCUACGAAGAAGGCGCCGUGGGCUCCGGGCGCUCCUACGUGGUCGGCAGCGCAGAGAUGUCCUUCUCAAUGGUGGGCCAACUACUCGCUCGUCCCCGUUUCCCACCUCAUUCCCAAGAUUCUCUUAGUCGACUCAUCUCACCGUUGACUUCUUAGUUCGGACCGGUGGAGGGGGUGGCGUUUGCUGACUACGGAACGGAUCUCGGCUCUGGCCCGACAGUACCUGGUAGCCCGCCUUCCUCUCUCUUUCUCUAGCUGGUUUAUCUGCUGUAAUUAAUGGGUUAACUGAAAUCGAUGCUGACCAGGUGAUCCUGCGGGGGCUCGAGGGAAGCCCGGGACCGGCUACGGCUACGGGGCCGGGAUCCGCAUAGACUCGCCGCUGGGCCCGCUGCGGCUGGAGUAUGCCCUCAACGACCGCCGGGCCGCCAGGUUCCAUUUCGGGGUUGGCCACCGGAGCUGA